AUGGACCUGGACCAGACCUCUCUCAGUCUGAGCAUGAAGGCUCCAGGCUUCGAACCCUACCCUUCGAUGAAGAUGUCACCUCAAUGGUCAACCAUAUCCCUUCAAACCAAAUGGAAGAGAGUGGUGACCAAGGUGGCACAGAAGGUAGGACUCCCCUGGGGGAAGAAGACCUCAGCUGACUUGGCAUCCCUGCAAAUGACAAGUUGUCAAUCUCUUCCUCACAACUAUCGGCCACCAUAUUCGACACAACCGGAGAGCACCUCUAUCAGUGAGGAACUCAAGGAUUCUAUGUCGACCUGGUUACCAGAAGAAUCAUCUCAGACAGAGGCAAUGAGAUAUGCCUCAUCAAUUCAACAACAGGAGAAGAUGUCACAGAAGACUACUUCUAACCAAACUAUGAGCAGUAUGUGGGAAGUGGAAGUGAUGAGGAAAGCAGUAGAAGAGGCCCUUCCUCCUUUGCAGACCUCCACCCUGGAAACCCAAUCUUUACUGAGAGGUACUGGACAGACAAUACUGGAUCCUGGGAUGGGAACGAUGAGGGAGACUCUGGAACUUCAAGUGGGGACAGUUCUUCACCUGGAGGAGACUCUUUCCUUCCUACCUGGGGACAGAGACUGGCUAGAGAGGCUAGAACAGAUGAGGCAAGAAGAGAGGCUCAAAGACAUGUGGAGGACGAGUCAGAUGGUCCUUGGGUUACUGCCCCAACCUCCCCAAGGGAGGCCCUGGUCAUUCUCGACCUCAGACUCACUGUACCAGGAACCCUGA